ACGCAGUAAUACGGGAGUAACAAAUUCCCAACGUGCUGAAUUUAAUCAUUUAGAAAACAUGGCAAUCGAAGAAGAAGGGUGCAACAAUGAAGAUAUUCGGAUUUCCCUACUUGGUGGCAAUCAUAAUAAGGGGCAGAAUGGAGCUUCAUUUCUGGGUUCAGUGUUCAACUUGUCGAGCACCGUCGUCGGGGCCGGAAUUAUGGCUCUUCCGGCCACCAUCAAAGUUCUUGGCAUCGGGCUUGGCAUUUCCACCAUCAUUUUCAUGGCAGUUUUGACCAAUUUCUCUAUAGACAUUCUUCUAAGGUUUAGCGGGUCAAAUAAUAAUUCAUAUGCAAGUGUUAUGGGUGACGCGUUCGGGAAUUGGGGAAGAAGAUUGCUUCAAGUCUGUGUCCUCAUCAAUAACAUUGGCAUACUUGUUGUCUACAUGAUCAUAAUUGGUGAUGUGCUAUCUGGAACGAGCUCAGAUGGGGUUCACCAUGCCGGAGUGUUGGAGGGAUGGUUUGGAGAACAAUGGUGGACUGGGCGUCAUUUUCUUCUUCUUGUAAUCACUCUUCUGGUCUUUGCUCCAUUAGCUUUUUGCAAGCGCAUUGAUUCAUUGAGACACACAUCCGCCUUGGCAGUUGCACUUGCAGUUGUUUUCCUAAUCAUUACUGCAGGGAUCACCAUUUAUAAGUUGUUCACAGGCGGUAUUAAAAUGCCCAGAUUUCUCCCUAAUGUCACUGAUAUUACUUCCUUCUGGAGACUCUUCACUGUAGUCCCAGUUAUCGUCACCGCUUACAUCUGCCAUUUCAACGUGCAUAGCAUAGAGAAUGAAAUGAAAGACCCUCACCGGAUACGAUCAGUUGUGAGGGCAUCUUUGGCAAUUUGCUGCAUCAUAUACAUCAUGACAAGCUUGUUUGGAUACCUUCUGUUUGGCGAUUCUACUUUAGACGAUGUGCUCGCCAACUUUAAUUCUGACCUAGGCGUUCCUUUUAGCCAUGCCCUCAGUGAUGCUGUUCGUAUCUCCUAUGCACUUCACCUUAUGCUCGUUUUCCCAGUUUUGUUCUACCCUCUUCGUGUUAAUGUGGACGGUCUCUUCUUUCCCUCUGCAAGGGCUUUGGAGUCGGCUAAGUGGCGUUUUGCGUCCAUUAACUUUGGGCUCAUUAUUGUGGUGUUUGUAAUUGCAAAUUUUGUUCCCAGCAUUUGGGAUGCUUUCCAGUUCAGUGGGGCCACUGCAACUGUUUCUCUUGCCUUCAUUCUUCCUGCUGCCAUUGCAUUGAAGAAUGUACCUGGAAUAGCCACAAAGGAGGAUAAGAUAUUGUCGAUGUUCAUGAUAAUCCUGGCAGUGGCUUCAAAUGCAGUGGCCAUAUACAGUGAUGCAUAUGCUGUGUUCAACAAGAAUUCAUCCCCAGAUAAGUGAUUACUGAUUAAUGUUCCUGUUUAUCAUCAUCUACCCGGGCAUGAAGAUACAAUGGUCAAGGAAUAUGAAGAUUUUUUUCGGAAGCAAUGUAAUCUUGUUAUUCCGAGUUGUAUUGUAAAAUUAAAGGUACACAGUUUUCGCUUUCUUGCAAUAAAAAAAUAAACAAUCGAGGCUGGCUUCUGAUGAAAUAAUCACUUGCGUCGAAGGACCAAAUGCAAGCAAUUUUUUAAAUUAUGGGAUCCAAUUGAAUGAAAAAAGCUG